UGAGAUUGGCCAAGUAAAAUGUAGUGGAAAUAAUUUAGAUAUAUAACUUAUUGUAUUUUUUACUGGAUUAUUCAAAGUAAAAUUGUCAGCUACAAAUAUCAACAUAAAUUUUUGAAGUUCUCAUUUCUUUAAAGGUUUUGAAAGAUUUAUUUCUAUUCAUUUUUCAGUUGUACAAGCUAAUAAUUUAUUACAAAACGGUGGAAGUGUCACUAUUAAGCGUCUGUGUGAAACUCAGACAUUAGAACAACAAUACGUCAUGGUUCAACCACAGACACACAUAUGUAAUGUGUAGAAGGAAAAAUACAAAAAAAUAUUUGGUCUCUAAAAAUAACACAUUACAGUUGAGGUGUUGCCGGAAUAGUCAGUAAAAAAAUAAAAAAAAAACAGGAAACUCAAUUAAACUUAAACUUUAUUUAGUAUUACAUACAUAUAAAAUUAUAUGAAAUAUAUAAAUACUUGAAACACGUGAGUUAUUGAGUCUGGAAAGAGCAUUUUGCCACUUUUAAAUAAUUAAUGACACAUUUAUUUAUUUAAUGGUGUAUAUAUUUAUUUCAUUCUGGCUCUUUCUAGACUCAAUAGUUAGGAAGAAUCGCAGGAGUUGGAACUUCAGAAACCCAUAACAGCGAGCAUUCCACGCGUUGCGUAAUGACGUCACACGUAAGCUCGUCUUGAGUACGUCACGCCGCUUUCAUCCCAGGAGGCGGAAUCGACCCGCGUGCGCAGUGGGCAGGGAUCCAGCAGCCGCCUCAGACGCCCCCUCCGCCACGGUUGUUGUCCCCUCAAGCAGCGUCUGGUGCCGAGAGCUGGCCCGCCGAGUGCAUGCAGCAGAAUGGGUCGAGCGCUUCCAACGGUUCCGGAGGCUGCGGUCGGGAGCGCCAGUCUCCGUCCUUCAGCCCGCUGCCCGCCGCCACCACUCGGGUGAGACGCUUCAUCCAGGAGAGGCGGACGCUGCCCCUGCCCAGAGUGAUGGUGGUUUUCUCGGGCGCGGGGGACGGCGACAAACCGGGAGAUGCCAUGUCAGGUUCGGAACCUGCGGAGGACGAUCCCCGACAGCCGGCCUCCCCCUCACCGAACCGCACCCCGAGUAAGCCGCCCCGCUCCUCCCUGAACAGCCAGGAGCAGGAGUUUCCGGAGGUCAUUUCUCUGAACGUGGGGGGCACAUACUUCACCACUCGCCUGUCCACGCUGCGCCGCUACGAAGACACCAUGUUGGCCGCCAUGUUCAGCGGGCGUCAUUACAUCCCGCGGGACGCUGAGGGGCGCUUCUUCAUUGACCGGGACGGAGCAUAUUUUGGGGACAUCCUGAACUUCCUGCGUGAAGGCGAGCUUCCUCUUCGGGACCGAGUCCGAGCCGUGUACAGGGAGGCGCAGUACUACUCCAUCGGCCCGCUGCUGGACCAGCUGGAGGACACCCAGCCGCUGACGGGGGAGAAGGUCCGGCAGGCUUUCCUCGAUCUGCUGCCCUACUACAAAGACAACCUGGAGCGCAUCGUGGAGAUUGCUAAACUGAGGGCCAUGCAGAAAAAAGCUCGCUUUGCGAAGCUGAAGAUCUGCGUGUACAAGGAGGAGAUGCCCAUCACGCCGUACGAGCGUCCGCUCUUUAACUCUCUGCGCUUCGAGCGCUCGGAGAGCGAGGCCAAGCUCUUCGAGCACCACUGCGAGGUGGACGUCUCCUUCGGGCCGUGGGAGGCGGUGGCGGACGUCUACGACCUGCUGCACUGCAUCGUGGGGGACCUGGCGGAGCGCGGCAUCGCCGCCGAGCAGCAGUGCAUCGGCGUCUGCGACAAGCACCUCAUCAGCCACUACUACUGCAAGAGGCCCAUCUACGAGUUCAAGAUCACAUGGUGGUGAAGUUCAGACCAGACGGACGGAUGUUUGGCUUCUAUUUAUUCAUUUUUUUGUAUUCCAGUUGCCAAUGUUGUCUUUAGAUGUGACCCUUUAAAUGCCGCCGUUUUUAUCCAACAUAUAAACCAUUUCGAGAUGCCAAGAAGUAAACAGUUUUACACGUCAGAAUCCAAUUUUUCCAACUCACAGCUAUGCAAAAGCGCAGAUUCUAAAAUUCAACUCCAGAUAGGAACAAACCGAACAUCUUGGAGCAGAAGACUGCAACUUGAGGCUCUUUUAUCCCUCCAGUGUGGCUCUGUGGGUUUGAAGAAAAAAAGCCGAUCAUUUAAAUAAAAAAUGGGUUCUGGCUAUUUUUUUUUUAAACUAAUUAAAUUUUUUAUAUUUCUGUUUGGAUUUUUAACAUGUCAGAUAACUGUGUAAAUGCUGGUUUAAAAUAUUGCCAAUUAUUAUUAUUAUUAUUUUAAAGCACAAGCAGCUGAUCUUUUGCUGCGACUAGUUUCUGUUCAAAUGUAAAGUUCUUAAAGUAAAUUAUUACAUUUACAUGUAUGGAUUAAAAAUAUAUUUUUUUUUUGCAUCUCACGAUUCAAUUUAGGAGGCAACAAUUCUAUUAUGAAACGAUUAACAAUGCAUAACAGAUCUGCAUUUUUUUUAGAAAUGUUUCUCGUUGCUCCAUUAUCUGUUAAAAAUCUAAACAUAAAUGACAAAAUGUAACUCCAAAGCCACUAUUUCUUCAAAUUGUUCGCAUUUUCUUCAAAGCCCAAGGGCUACAUUGGAAGGAAUAAAGGGUCCCUGGAGCUGCUGGUCGCAGACCCCUGCCUCAGACCACGUUCUGCCGCCUCAUUCUCCGCCACACUUCUUCCAGCUUUAAUGUGCAACCAGGAUGUUUUCCUGCAUCUCCAGCAGGAGUCGGGCUGUCGGUCCCCAAGCGGGGACUGAAUCUGCUGCUUAUCGUGUUAUCGUAAGUGGGUGACACGACCCGACAUCAGGUUUAAACGCCAAUUUAGCUAAUUGUUCCGUAAUAUCCCAGAUGUGUCGUUCAUUUAUUUAUCAGCCUGACUGUAGCUUCGCCCCGAUCGGGCUCACGUUUCACAGCUCCGCCGCUAACAAUGUGAUCUCACAGUGAAGAUUUUAACCUAAUUUAAUAUUGUAAGUAAACUAUAGUCAGAUGUGUAUAUUUUAUGAUAAGCUUCUUAACUUUGUCAGAGUAUAUUUUCAUUACCCAGGCUCCCGUGGGGCCUAUGUGGAAAUGUGGAACUGUAGUUUAAAGCUUUUUUUGUGGAACACUGAAUGUCAGGGUGUGGGCAGUAACUAAGUAGACGUUAAUAUGUGCAGUUUGCUGUGCGUUUCUGGAUUCUUAAAUUGAAAAUGUACCGUUUGUCGUCACUUUCAAGGAGAAUCUUAAUAUGAGCACUUCACGAUUGUAACUGUAUUUAAAUUAUUCACUUCAUUUAAUAUUGUAAAAAAAAACAUGUUUGCAAAAUUUCUGUUGUUUUGAACCGGGUGAUGAUUUAAGAUGCAUUUAUUUCCUCCGUUUCUGGAUCAAUUAAAGUAUUACAUGUAUAUUGUUUAUAAUGUUUUUAUAUUGUUAUUUAUUUGUUUGUCUUGGCUUCCAGGAAGCUCUUAGUUCUACAGGUGUUUGGUUUGUUAGAAAAAUAUGACCCUGUUGUUUUUAUUCUUGGUAAAAAUUAAAAAUGUCAAACACAUGCAUGAGUUUUCUUCUUUGUUUUUAAUUUUUGGUGAUUAAAAUACAUUAAAUUGGGGAAAAUUAUUUAGAAGUCUAAGUCAAACUGAUCUGUACUUAAUGUUUUGCUUUACACUCAUUAUGUAAAAAGAGUUUUUAAAAUAAAAAAAAUAAAAAA